UUCCUUUCCUUCCCUUUUCUCUUCUCACACUCCUUCUCUCUUGUCUACGUACCUCAUUACGUCUGCGGCUCCCCCCACACCGUGCCUUUCUAUUCUUGGCUCAAUUCUGCUCCCAUUCUCUUCGCUUCUUCGACAGCCGAACUUCUUCCCUGGAAGACGUCAGAGUAUGAGUGACGGCGAGAUCUCGGUGAUCUGUUCAUGAUGGAAGGUUCCAUCCCUCCGUCGGCCGCCCUUCCUGUCUCUCCUACCACUUCCUCCUCUUCGGCCGUCUUUCGCCCCCGCAGAUCCGACGACUGGCACGAGUAUCGACCGGCCAUUGAGCAGCUCUACCGCGAUAACCAGUUGAAGCUCAAAGAUGUCAAAAGAAUCAUGGAGCGUGAUUAUAACUUUGUUGCAUCGGAAAAACAAUAUAAAGACCGCCUGGCAGCUUGGCACAUCCGCAAAAACAUCAAAAAUAAAGAGGUCCAAGUCAUGAUCCGGAAACAACAGAAACGGGCAGCCCGGGGCAAGCAAACCGCAUUUCGAGUCGGUGGCCAGGAAGUCGAUUCCAAACGCAUUGCACGUUUCGUCCGUAGAUAUGGCACCCAGUGGGAGAACAAACCUCGCAAUAAUGACCACCGCCAAGCAAGCCCAGAACCAAAAACCCCGUCUGAUAUGAGUUGCUAUACCCCCGAGCCCGACGACAGAGGCGCAACUCUAUCUCCGCUGCCUGAGCUGCAGCCAAACCAUCGCACCGAGACUUUCGAUCCGAUCCCCGAAGCCGACAUUGAUGACGACCAGUCCCUAACGGCUACCCUCAGCCCCAGCUUACCCAAUGAAACGCCCAAAGCCUUGGAAACUCCGCUUCAAGAGGCAAAUGCUUGGAAUGAGCUUGUCUCAUUUCAAGAUCGUCUUCUGGCCCUCCAUCACACACUUGAGCAGUCUAUGUCUGGAUUCACGUCGCCCCACGACGAAUAAACACGACAGCCCGGAAAGAACACCAGGCGCUCCAAGCGCCUGAAGGCCUGGAGAUGGAGGAAAGCGAGCUGUUAUUCCUGUUGGGAAUCGCUCAAACGGAAAAAUUGUUAACAACCCCUCUUCCUUAUACCUCCUAUCAUUGGUCAGAGUAACUAUAUUACUACCCGCUUCUCAGUUUACUGCUUGUUCUGUAUUACUGCCGCGUUUUUGCCAUC